CACGAGCGUGCGUUUGAGUGAAUGGGCUUUGACUUGGGGCUUUUGUCCUUCAAUGCACCAAACUAGGUUCCUUCAAUGCACCAAACUCGAGUCUUGAUUCUCCUCCCUUUUCUCACUAUUCUCCUAGAAUCUUCCUCAGUUUUUGUGGAAUAAUGGUAGUAGAAGAAAUGUGCUUCUUCAACAAGGAUGUUCUAGUAAUAAAGGCUCAGAAGAAAUCACCACUUGUAUUGAGGAUGUCAGUGUUGGUAUUCUCAAUGGUGUGUGGGGUUUUUAUUUGCUGUGUUUGUUUGAAGCAGAUAAGCACUCAAGCAAGGGCUAAACUUUUGGAGUUACAAACCAUUCAGAACCCUUCUUCCCAGAGUGUACUGAAGAUAACAGAUACACACCUUCACUACCCUAACCCUGUCUCUUUUAAUAGGAAUGAGUGUGCUCGAAACCCUGUGCAUUUCUUUGCCAUAUUGUCAAACCAGAGGUCAGGGAGUGGGUGGUUUGAGACCCUUUUGAAUAGCCACAUAAAUGUGAGCUCAAAUGGGGAGAUAUUUUCUGUAAGAGAGAGAAGAAUGAAUGCUUCCACAAUUGUGAAGACUUUGGAUAAAGUUUAUAGUUUGGACUGGGUCAGUAGUGCUUCAAAGAAUGAGUGCUCUGCUGCAGUUGGCUUAAAGUGGAUGCUUAAUCAGGGGUUGAUGGAGCACCCCAAGGAAAUAGCAGACUACUUCAACCAUAGAAGUGUUUCUGUAAUAUUUCUUUUGCGGAGAAACUUGUUACGCAGAUUGGUAUCAACGCUGCUCUCUCUCUCUCUCUCUCUCUCUCUCUCUCUCUCUCUCUCUCUCUCUCUCUCUCUCCAUUUACCCUUAAUUUCUCAUUUACAAUAAAAUGAAACUCAUUUGGUGUCUUUUAUUUAGGCUGAUACUCUAUUGCAGUACAAGCCUGCCAUAAAUUCUACAUCAUUGCUGACCAACUUGAAAGUUAUGGAGACAAGAGUUGCAAAGGCGUUAGAAUACUUCAGCGCUACUCGGCAUAUGAUCCUGUACUAUGAGGAUCUUAUACAAAAUCCUACUGAGCUAAAAGGUGUGCUAGACUUUUUAGGAUUGCCGCAGAUGGAGUUAACGAGCCGGCAGGUUAAGAUCCAUAGAGGACCGUUAUCCGACCACAUUAAAAACUGGGAAGAUGUUAACAAGACGUUGCAAGGAACCGCUUAUGAGAGUUUUCUCCAAGCUGACUAUUAAUUCAUGUAACCUCUUCUAACUCUUUUGGAAAGGUGUAAAUAUCAAGGACACUGAUUUCGUCCCACCAAAGAGUUCGGAAGUUUCGUCGACGCCGUUGGUAAGAAUGCUGACGCCAUGUUGUGUUGCUUCUUUCUUUGACUGCCCUGCCUCUAUCAAUUAUCUGUUGAUGAGUUGCAUGUCUUUUGUUAUUCUCGUUUGUUUUUUGGAUUGGUUAUUUAUAUUUUGUUCAUUCUUGUAUCACCUUUGUAAAUGCCAAAAUAAUUUAUCAGUAAAUUUCGUUCAAUUAUUGUUUGUUA